CAGCCGUACGCCCUCUUCCUGGUUAGUUCCGUGCUGUAAAUAUAGUUGAAUAAGUAGAGUUAGUACUUCUUUUAUUUACUUUUCUAAACCUUGUCGGGUGUCUUUUUUCCUCACUGAACAUGUCGGAACGCGGCUCUUUCGACACCAAUGCGAUCACUCUGACCAGAUUUUUGUUAGAGGAGGGAAGAAAAGUGAAAGCCACAGGGGAGCUGACGACCCUCCUGAACGCCAUGUGUACGGCUAUUAAAGCAAUCUCGAGUGCUGUGAGGAAGGCAGGCAUCGCUCACCUGUAUGGUAUUGCUGGCAGUACAAACGUGACAGGGGACCAGGUGAAGAAGCUGGAUGUCCUUUCCAAUGACCUGGUCAUUAACAUGAUCAAAUCCUCCUUCACUUCCUGUGUGAUGGUCACUGAGGAGAAUGAUGAUGCUCUUAUAGUGGAGCAGGACAGCAGGGGUAAAUAUGUGGUCUGCUUCGAUCCUCUGGAUGGAUCCUCCAACAUUGACUGCCUGGCUUCCAUUGGGACCAUCUUCGCUAUUUAUAGAAAGUGCACAGAUGAUGAGCCAAGUAAGAAGGAUGCCCUGCAGCCUGGCAGAAACAUAGUGGCUGCUGGGUAUGCGCUGUACGGCAGUGCCACCAUGAUGGUGCUCUCAACCGGUCAAGGUGUCAACUGCUUCAUGCUGGAUCCCGCAAUUGGGGAGUUCAUUCUAGUAAACCGGGAUGUGAAAAUCAAGAAAAAGGGGAAUAUUUACAGUCUCAACGAGGGCUAUGCUAAGUAUUUUGACCCUGCUGUCACUGAGUACCUGCAGAAGAAGAAAUUCCCAGAGGAUGGCAGUGCACCCUAUGGUGCACGCUACGUGGGCUCCAUGGUAGCAGAUGUGCAUCGGACCCUCGUUUAUGGAGGCAUUUUCCUCUACCCAGCCAAUGUGAAGAGUCCCAAAGGAAAGCUCCGACUCUUGUAUGAGUGCAACCCCAUGGCCUUCAUCAUGGAGCAGGCCGGUGGAAUGGCCACCACAGGAUCCAUGAACGUGUUGGACAUCCAGCCCGAGAGCAUCCAUCAGAGGACCCCGGUGGUCCUGGGAUCCCCGGAUGAUAUUCAAGAGUAUAUCUCCAUCUACCAGAAACAUCACAAGUGACCAAAUCUUAAAACCAAAAGCCUACUAAGAGAACAAACAUCAAAUUCCAGUCAUUGUUAUCUGAGUUAAUGUCUAAAAAAAUAAACACAGAAGUUUACCACAUGCUUACCAAAUAAUCACACUCACGUUCUGUAAAUUUUGCUUGUCCCCCUUAUUUGCAUCAUUGUCACGUUUGCACUCACUGGAAAAUGUUUACACAAAGACUCAUUUUGUACAAAAGUCACAAAUCUGUGAUUUAGUAAUACUGCAGUAGGUAUUGAAUACCGUGUUGCUGAUAGAGAUAGCAGCACGUUGGAACAGUUCCCUUGACCAUGUUUUAUAUCUAUGCAAUAAAAAUGAAGUGCCUUUUUUAUUGUGAAGGAAAAUAAUAAAUUCAGCUGUGCCAAAACA